GCAACACUCUACUGAGGUGCUGGGAAUCUGGCCACCGAGUUCGCAGAGCUUCCUCCACCCGCUUGCCUUUGGACCGCUCUCGACAACGCCAGGAGACGCCGAGCUGCGCGCGAGCUGCCUGAGCGAGCGCCUUCUCCCGGAAGACCGCCCACCUUCACCCGCUCCUAGAGAGCCUCUCUCUUCCCGGUGACCCCAAGGACCGCGGAGCCGCCGCCUACGUGAGCCGUUUGGACCCUGCCCGGCCCCCGUAGCUCCCCUUCUCCAGCAGUUCUUUCCAGUGGACUCGGCGAAGAAGUUUGCAGCAUCCGUGAACAGCCCGUGCGUGAAAUCUGCCUUUCAUUCAUGAAGGAGGUCUGGAGUUAUUCUUGACGUAGCAUUUUGAAAGACAACUCUAUCAUGGCUUCAGCAGUUCUUAGCUCUGUUCUUACGACUGCUUCUCGUUUUGCCUUGUUACAAGUGGAUAGUGGCAGUGGUUCUGAUUCUGAGCCUGGGAAAGGAAAGGGUCGGAAUACUGGGAAGUCUCAAACUUUGGGAAGCAAAUCAACUACAAAUGAGAGAAAAAGAGAGAAAAGAAGAAAAAAGAAGGAACAGCAGCAGAGUGAAGCGAAUGAGCUCAGGAAUCUUGCUUUUAAGAAAAUUCCUCAGAAAUCCUCCCAUGCCAUGUGUAAUGCUCAGCAUGAGCUUCCAUUGCCAAGCCCAGGACAGAAGGAGUCGCGAGAGGAAAACUGGCAGGAGUGGAGACAAAAGGACGAACAGCUGACAACUGAAAUGUUUGAAGCUGAUCUUGAGAAGGCACUGUUGCUAAGUAAAUUAGAAUAUGAAGAGCACAAAAAGGAUUAUGAAAAUGCCGAAACUGCUUCAACUCAGUCAAAAGUUACAAGCAAAAAAGACAAAAGAAAGAAUCAUCAGGGGAAAGACAAACCUCUCACAGUAUCACUAAAAGAUUUUCAGUGUGAAGAUCAUAUUAGUAAAAAGACUGAGGAAUUGGGUUCUCCUCAGACUUUAUCACAUGAUGGAGGAUUCUUCAAUAGACUGGAAGAUGACGUCCAUAAAAUCCUUAAAAGAGAAAAAAGAAGAGAGCAGCUUACAGAAUGUGAUGGAGCAGAUAAUUGUACAGCUCAUGAGCACAACCAGGAAGUGGUUCUAAAAGAUGGAAGAAUUGAAAGACUAAAGUUAGAACUUGAAAGGAAGGAUACUGAAAUUCAGAAGCUCAAAAAUGUGAUCACUCAAUGGGAAGCAAAGUAUAAAGAAGUCAAGGCAAGAAAUGGACAAUUAUUGAAAAUGCUUCAGGAAGGUGAAAUGAAAGACAAGGCAGAAAUACUUCUGCAAGUUGAUGAAUCACAGAGUAUCAAGAAUGAGCUGACUAUCCAGGUGACUUCACUUCAUGCUGCAUUAGAACAAGAACGAUCUAAGGUGAAAGUAUUACAAGCAGAAUUAGCCAAAUACCAGGGUGGCAGAAAAGGGAAAAGAAACUCUGAGUCAGACCAGUGUAGGUGAUUGAAUAACCUGUGAAGUCAACACAAAAGUUAAAGCUUUCAGGUUUUUGCAAAAAUGUGUGUAUUUAAUGCUAUACAACUGCUAAGCUAUGCAGUUCUCUCUGAAGGAACUAAAAGCAACCAGCUCACUAAUAGUCUAUAACUUUAUGUUCUUUUGGCUUAAAGUUAAAAAGAAAUAUAGAAUUCCAACAUAACUUGAUUAUUGUUUACUGUCCAAACUUCUUAUCACUUUAGUUUUUCAUCAGUCAAUAAAAUUAAUUUACCACUAA